UUCUCCUGCCAAAUUAGGCUGCGGGCGCGGAAUAACUUAGCAAUAGUAACAGAGGCUGCCGGAAGGCACGCGUGGGGCAACCCAGCCCAUGGACUAGAGCCGAGCGGCAAGUCCCGCGGGAGGGGACGCCUGUGGCAGGCGCUGCCAGAGCAGAGCAGAGCAGAGCAGGGGAGCGAGGUGCCUCCGAGGGGUGGACCCAGGCAGUGGUUCGCGGGACGGCUGGAGUGAAACUCAAGCGGCGCGUCCUCUAGCCUGCCGCCUCACUCUGCUCCGGGCAUGCACUGAGAGCCCCUCACGCGGGCGGGCAGGCGUUCGAGGCGGCAGCGUGCGGACGAAGAGGCGGCAGCGGCGGCCGAGGGGAAGCGAAGGCAGGAGAGAUUGAGCGGCUCUUGCGCCGCUGCCCCAGGGAUGUCCGCGCACAGCCUGCUCAACAGCGUCUUCUCGUGCUCCUCCUCGCCGGCGGCUGCCGGCAGUCCCCCGCCCUCCUCCAAGAGCUUCUCCAAGCGGAGGCUCCGCCAGACCCGCAGUCUGGACCCCGCCGUGAUCGGCCGCUCCAGCGGGGAGGAAGGGACGGCGCUGGAGAGCUCAGCCCGCGCCGCUCGGGCCAAAGCGGCGGGUGGUCCUUCGGCCGAGUACUUGGCCUUUUCCUCGCGCGCCCUGCUGCGCCCGCCCGGCGGAGGUACGGCGCAAGGCGCCUUCUCGCUCUCUACGCCCAGCACGCCCUUGGACAAGUCCCCCUCGGGCAGUUUCCACUUCGACUAUGAGAGCCCUCGAGUCAAGAGGUUCACGGCGUGGGAGCUGCCCUUCCUGGCGCGCGCGCCCUCCGCCUCGGCUCUUAGCAGCGCCUAUGGGGGCGGCGGUGCCAACAGCAUCUUCCUUUCGCCCAGAAAGUGGCUCCAGCAGCGGAAGGGACAGCAUCUGCCCAGCAGCCACGCCUCUCCCUACGUAGUGUGGAAGUCCGAGGGUGAUUUCACUUGGAACAGCAUGUCAGGGCGCAGUGUUCGGCUGAAGUCCGUUCCUAUUCAGAGUCUUUCGGAACUGGAGCGUGCCCGACUACAAGAAGUGGCCUUUUAUCAGUUGCAGCAGGACUGUGACUUAGGAUGCCAAAUAACUAUUCCUAAAGAUGGACAAAAGAGGAAGAAAUCAUUGAGAAAGAAACUGGAUUCCCUCGGAAAGGAAAAAAACAAAGAUAAAGAAUUCAUACCCCAGGCUUUUGGAAUGCCUUUAUCACAAGUAAUAGCCAAUGAUCGGGCAUACAAACUGAAGCAAGAUAUUCAUAGAGAAGAGCAGAGAGAUGUUUCAGAAUUUGUAACAUCACUUUUACCUUUUGGGAGUAAAAGACAGAACAAAGAACUUUCAAGCAGUAAUUCAUCUCUUAGUUCCACCUCAGAAACACCAAAUGAAUCUACUUCACCCAAUACACCAGAACCAGCCCCACGGGCACGGAGAAGGGGUGCAAUGUCAGUGGAUUCUAUUACUGAUCUUGAUGAUAGUCAGUCUCGAUUACUAGAAGCUCUACAGUUAUCCUUACCUGCUGAAGCUCAGAACAAGAAAGAAAAAUCCAGGGACAAAAAACUAAGCCUCAAUCCUAUUUACAGGCAAGUUCCUCGGCUUGUAGAUAGCUGCUGCCAGCAUUUAGAAAAACAUGGUCUCCAGACAGUAGGCAUAUUCCGAGUGGGGAGCUCAAAAAAAAGGGUAAGACAGUUACGUGAAGAGUUUGACCGUGGUGUAGAUGUAAUAUUGGACGAAGAACAAAGCGUUCAUGAUGUAGCAGCUUUAUUAAAGGAAUUCCUUCGUGACAUGCCUGACCCACUCCUGACUAGAGAGCUUUACACUCCUUUUAUCAACACACUCUUAAUGGAACCCCAUGAACAACUGAGCACUCUACAACUUCUAAUUUAUCUUCUACCUCCCUGCAACUGUGAUACCUUACAUCGACUCCUCCAGUUCCUUGCUACUGUAGCUAGCCAUGCAGAAGACAGAAGAGGUCAAGACAGCCAGGAGAUCCCUGGGAACAAAAUGACAUCACUCAACCUAGCUACUAUAUUUGGACCUAAUCUGUUGCACAAGCAGAAGACAACAGACAAAGAAUUCACUGUUCAAAGUACAGCACGUGCUGAGGAAAGUAGUGCAAUUAUUGCUGUGGUACAGAAGAUGAUAGAAAACUAUGAAAUGCUCUUUAUGGUCCCAGCAGACCUUCAAAAUGAAGUUCUAAUUAGUUUGCUUGAGACUGAUCCAGAUGUUGUAGACUAUUUGCUGAGAAGGAAAGCUUCCCAGUCAUCAAGCCCUGAAAUGCUUCAGUCUGGAGGUUCAUUCUCCCUAGAAGGCAGACAUUCAUCCAUGGACUCAAACAGAACUUCAAGUGGUGAUAUAUCACCCUAUGACAACAACUCUCCAGUGCUGUCUGAACGAUCUGUUUUGGCAAUGCAGGAAGAUAUGUCCCUCGCUUCUGAUAAUUUAUUUAAAGCACCAGAACAACACACAUUAGUCAGCCGUUUUCAACCAAAAUCAAAAGAGAAUUCCUUUGGAUCAUGGUUUGGGAAAGAUGUUUCAGAGGACUAUUUCGACAUCUGGGGCACCUGGCAUUCAACACUGAAAAGUGGUUCCAAAGGCAUGGGAAUGACAGGGUCAUAUGGAGACAUCUAUGAGAGCAGCUCGUUGCGGCCAGGGCAGUGUUCCCUUUCUCAAGGGAACCUGUCGUUGUCUUCACCUCAGUGGCAGGAAACCAAUACAGAGCUAGAUAAUGGAAAACCGGUCAUCCGGAGGAGUCAGACAACAGCUGCCCUUCCUGAAUGUCACUCGCAUCCCCCUCUGUCUCGAGUGUGCAGCACCCCACAAAUUGAAGUAGGUAGAAGGAAUUCCAGCCAGUCUAAUUCAAAACAGCAUUCACCUGUGAGAAAUACAGAGAACUUUAUGGAGCAUGACUUAGAUGCAACUUGGCUGCAUGCCGCAUUUAAGCCAUUGUCCCUAAGGCAAGCUGAAGUAAUUCGAAAAGACAGACCACCACCUCCUUAUCCUGAAACAGCAAAACAAAGUAGCAUAUCAUCCCUCCAGCCAACUGUGUCUCCUACAGGAUAUCCAUUGUGGAAGCUUCAGAAGACAGACUCCUUAUUUGGGGCCCAGGGAAUGAGGAUAAUGACUCAGGUGCCUGAACAACCUGUCCUGCACGAGGAGCAACAGAACAAAAUUGAAAGAAAGUACUCCGCUCCAGACAGUGAGCACAACAGUAAAAAACAGUCAGAGACAGACUGGCAUGACUGGCAAAGCAAUCGAUGGCAAAUUUGGGAGAUAUUAUCACCUGAUAAUUCAGAUGCACUUCCUGAAACAUUAGUAUGAGUGGAGAAAUCAGCAGGUCCCUCUGUCUUUUCCAACUAGGGAAAACUGGUAAUGGUGGACUGGAUUUAUAUUGAAUUAUUUUUUUAAAAAACUGUGUUUACUUUAUGGAGGAUUUUAAAAUUAAAUUUAUUAAAAUAAUUUUAAUAGAACUGUAAAAUUCAGUAACACAUUUUUCUGGUUUUGUAGUCAUCGCAAGAAGGAAAUGUGAGAUGGCAAUUUCGGCCCAAACUACUCUGUAAAAUAUAAGCUCUGUAUACAAUAAAAAUAACACACUUGAUGUUGCUAAGAUAUAUUUAUGUAUCUGCAGCUCAAAUGACUGUAUAUUAUGCAGAUGUUUUGUGUAUGAUAGCAUUGUGUUUAUAUGCAGAAAACAAAUAAUCUUGAAUGCUUUUUUUGAAAAAAAAUAUUUUAAUCAUGCACUACUAGUAUUAAUAUACGAUAUAUUGACAUCCUCUUGGAAAUGCACAAACUGGUUUCUGUGCUUUUAACUAAUCUGUUUGCAGAAGACGUAUAUUUUCACUGACAAAUAAGAAACAAUGUGGAAUGAGAACAUUAAAAGCCAUAUAUUUUAUAGUAAAGAAGUUAAAGAGUAUCUAACAUGUUAUUUGCUUGCAAGGAAAAUUUAAGAACUAUAUAUUUUUGACUCUUUUAGAAAGCAGUUCCAGUCACCCCUUCAUAAGUAUGGCCAUGCUGACACCAUAUACAAAAAGUUCCCAAAGAUUCUUCUACCCAUUCCAUAUUAGGGUUGUUUAAGUUGUGGGGUGGGUGGGGAAGUGCAGGAGGGGGUGUUUAUAAAGUAUUGUUAAGAUUGUUCAUUUGACAAACCCUUUUGAAUUUUCUAUAUUUCUGCAUAAAUAUGAACUAAAACAUGAUCUGCU